AUGCCACUAACGGAUACUAACGCUCCGGCAACUUCGCUGGCAACGGCAUCAUUCUCAGCGGACACGCUCAAACACCCAGCCGAGCGAGUGCAAAGCGGCGUAAACAUAACAAUGUACGAUCGAAGCAGAGAGAGGGAAUCUUCCGAAGAUGCUUCACCGCGAGGUUUCCGAUCAACGAGAAGUUUUCAACCAAAGCGAGUAUCGGAACUGCCUCCGCUAGAAUCUGAUUCUGAUUCCGAUGGGGAUGGAAACCUAAACUGUGCGAUCCUGAACGAUUCAUUCUUACUAACACCAUCAAAGUGCAUCGAGGAGGAGGACAGUGUGGAUAAAAAGAUUCCAUCCAAAGCCACGAUCCGCAGCGUCACCGAUUCCGUACCAAAGUCACGAAUAAAGCUCGAGGACAAGCUCCCUGCAAAGAGCGUGGCGCCGGAUGUUGAUGCCAAACUUGUAAAACGAGCCCCAUUAGUAGAACGGUCACAGUUCACAGAUCUGAAGCCGUGCAACGAUUCUUCACCGACCAAAUCCGCGCGUAGCCAAGAUUCCGGGUUCGGUGCUAGCGCAACUAUCGACACAGUUGGUGAGCUGCCGGGUGGUACCGUUGUAGGUCGAUCUGAAAAACCCGUCCCAAAUGGAGCACAAAGUCCCCCAGCGCAAUCAGAUUCAGCACCGGAAAAGAUGGAAGUGGAAAGGAAUCGCCAUCAGUUCGUCACCCCACGGGAUAAAUUCCUCGGUGGACCGCUUCGAGAAACAGGCUCAAAGAUGUUCACCUCCACGACGGUGCGCAAAUCGCGAAACACUAUCGAAAAUGAGUUCAAAUCGCAGAAGGUACUGUUUGCCACGCCGGUAGUGAUGCCUCGCCCGCCGGUAAACUUUCUGCCAGAUGAUAGUUUGAACUACUCGGUCAUUACGCCCGGUGCUGCGAAAUGCGCGAAACAUCUGUCGCCCAUUAAAGAGCAGCAAAAAAUUGCCAAACGAUCGACAGAUCAACUGUUUGGAGCGUUGGAUGCGGCAGAUAAGGUAUCUCCUCCGAUUGUUGCACCUAAGGCACCGGUGGAGAAAAAUGGCGAUUCAACCGAAACGUCUCAGCAACAACCCAAGGAACGUCCAAUCGUCAUCAAUGGGAAGGAAUAUCUGGUGAUGAAGAAAAUUGGUUCCGGAGGCUCGAGUUCUGUCUUCCUUGCCAAACAGGUUGCCACUGGGUUGGAGUGUGCCGUUAAGCUCGUUAACUUGAAUGGAGACGCUAAUCUGGUCGAAGGAUAUCUUAACGAAACCAAAAUGCUUGCAAAACUGCAAACCAACGAAAACGUGAUUGCGUUAUACGAUUAUGCACACAUCCCGGAAGCUAGCCAACUGUUUCUGGUAAUGGAAAAGGGCGAGAGAGACUUGCACCGGAUUCUGCAAGAAUACAGCUCGGAUAUUCCGCUUCACACGCUCAUGACGAUAUGGUACCAGAUGGUCCAGUGUGUGCACUACAUUCAUGGGGAAGGGGUCAUUCAUCUGGACCUCAAACCGGCCAACUUUCUCAUGAUUAAUGGUCGGUUAAAACUGAUCGACUUUGGCAUCGCGAGCAGUAUUUCGUUCGAUUCAACCAGUAUUAUGAAAUUUUCCCAAGCCGGCACAUUUAAUUACAUCAGCCCGGAAGCACUGAUCGACACGUCGAGCGAAAUGAGUCCGGCCGGUGCACAGCCACGCAUUAAAAUGUCGAAAAAGUCGGACAUCUGGUCGUUGGGCUGCAUACUGUACCUGUUGCUCUACAAACGGACGCCCUUUGCUCACAUUAAAAAUGUCGUUACGAAGGUGAACGUUAUCACCAAUCCACGUACGGUUAUCGAAUAUCCACCGCUAGCCGUUUACUAUCCACCGAUGCUACUGGACAUUUUGAAACGAUGCCUUCGGUACGAUGCAAAGUCGCGUGCUUCCACGGCGGAACUGUUGGAGUAUCCCUAUCAUAUGGUUAUUCCGUUGGGCAAGUGAGAGGC